ACACCGGAAGCUGUUUCAACAACACGGAUGCUGACUCAUUCAACCACCUCCGUAGCCUGGUAUCCAACAUACAACCGAAAACAAGCUCUGUGGACCAUUUUUGAUCUCGGUGUUUUUAACACAAUCCUCUUUACGUAUCUACUAUUUAACUUAAGCGUAACUUGUUUUUGCUCAAUUUACACAUUUGUUGAUUAUACUGAACCUAAGCUAAUCGUCAAUGCUAGCUAGCCCACCAUGAGCUCUCCAAGCUACUCCCUUCCUGCUAAAGAAGAGGUCUGCUGGACGGAGAAAGAGGGCCUGUGGCUGAACGUUGUCGUGAAAGAAGAGGGGGAAGAGGAGGAUGUUUCCGUAAAAGGAGAGGAAGAUGCUUUCAGAAUGAAAGAGGAGGAAGAGGAGGCUAUCAGUAUCACGUUUAAAGAAGAGGGAGAACCUUUUGGAGUGGGAGAGGAGGCUAUCUCAAUAAAAGAGGAGGAAGAAGACGUUUGGAGAGACGAAGAGGGAGAGGAAGAGGAGACUGAAGAUCUGAUUAACACCAGAGAGAGACGGGACUAUCGUGGAUCCUCUGGGAAUCCUCAACAACCUCAUGAUGCUGACGAGGCAGAGAAGAGUCUCUCCACAUCAGAACUCCUCCAGAAACACCAGCAGAGACCCGCAGGGAAGAAAUCUCAUUGCUGCUCUGACUGUGGGAAGAGAUUCACCUCAUCAGGCAUUAAAAUUCAUCAGAGAACACACACAGGAGAGAAACCAUUUAGCUGUGUUCAAUGUGGGAAAAGUUUUGAUCAAUCUUGCCAUCUGAUUCAACACCAGAGAACACACACAGGAGAGAAACCUUAUAGCUGUGAUCAAUGUGGGAAGAGUUUUAGUCAAUCUGGACAGCUGACAGUGCACCAGAGAACACACACAGGAGAGAAGCCUUACAGCUGUGGUCAAUGUGGGAAGAGUUUUACUACAUCUAGCAAUCUGACUACACACCAGAGAACACACACAGGAGAGAAAUCUUAUAGCUGUGAUCAAUGUGGGAAGAGUUUUGAUCAAUCUGGACAGCUGACAGUGCACCAGAGAAUACACACAGGAGAGAAGCCUUACAGCUGUGGUCAAUGUGGGAAGAGUUUUACUACAUCUGGUCAUCUGACUCUACACCAGAGAACACACACAGGAGAGAAACCUUACAGCUGUGAUCAAUGUGGGAAGAGUUUUGGUCAUUCUGGCACUCUGACUUUACACCAGAGAAUACACACAGGAGAGAAACCUUAUAGCUGUGGUCAAUGUGGGAAGAGUUUUACUCAGUCAACCAGCCUGAUAUCACACCAGAGAACACACACAGGAGAGAAACCUUAUAGCUGUGAUCAAUGUGGGAAGAGUUUUACUACAUCUAGCAAUCUGACUCUACACCAGAGAACACACACAGGAGAGAAACCUUAUAGCUGUGAUCAAUGUGGGAAGAGUUUUUGUCAAUCUAGGGAUCUGACAGUGCACCAGAGAACACACACAGGAGAGAAACCUUAUAGCUGUGGUCAAUGUGGGAAGCGUUUUACUACAUCUGGCUCUCUGACAUUACACCAGAGAACACACACAGGAGAGACACCUUAUAGUUGUGGUCAAUGUGGGAAGAGUUUUACUACAUCUAGCAAUCUGACUCUACACCAGAGAACACACACAGGAGAGACACCUUAUAGCUGUGGUCAAUGUGGGAAGAGUUUUACUCAGUCAACCAGCCUGAUAUCACACCAGAGAAUACACACAGGAGAGAAACCUUACAGCUGUGGUCAAUGUGGGAAGAGUUUUACUACAUCUGGCCAUCUGACUCUACACCAGAGAAUACACACAGGAGAGAAACCGUAUAGCUGUGGUCAAUGUGGGAAGAGUUUUGGUCGAUCUGGCCAGCUGACAUUACACCAGAGAAUACACACAGGAGAGAAACCUUACAGCUGUGGUCAAUGUGGGAAGAGUUUUACUACAUCUGGUCAUCUGACUAUACACCAGAGAAUACACACAGGAGAGAAGCCUUAUAUCUGUGAUCAAUGUGGGAUGAGUUUUACUUCAUCUAGCCAGCUGACUUUACACCAGAGAACACACACAGGAGAGAAACCUUAUAUCUGUGAUCAAUGUGGGAUGAGUUUUACUACAUCAAGCCAUCUGAUUCGACACCAGAGAACACACACAGGAGAGAAACCUUAUAGUUGUAAUCAUUGUGAGAAGAGUUUUCCUACAUCUGGCCAGCUGACUUCACACCAGAGAACACACACAGGAGAGAAAUCUUAUAGCUGUGAUCAAUGUGGGAAGAGUUUUACUAGAUCUAGCUAUCUGACAGUGCACCAGAGAACACACUCAGGAGAGAAAUCGUAUAGCUGUGACCAGAGAUAAUCUGAUAAAAGAUCUCUGACUAAAUUUCAGAAAAUACAUGAAGGAGUUGUUUCAUGAUAUCAAUGAAAUGAUGUCACAAUGUAGAAUGUUUUAACAUUGUAGUAGCAGUAUUUUAAUGAUGUCACAAUGUAGAAUGUUUUAACAUUGUAGUAGCAGUAUUUUAAUGAUGUCACAAUGUAGAACCCUAAAUGUUUGUCCCCUGUUCUAUUGAUUUCAACAUGAUAUGGAUAGUAGCCUCAGGGGGAAAAUCCACGCUCUGAAAUGGAAGAGUACUAUUUAUAUGAUUUAACAAAAAGUGACUAACACAAAAAGAGCUGUGUUACACUUACCACGUUGGUGACCCACUUGAAUUAAAAUGCAACACUUCAAAAAUGAAAAUAAAAUCUAGGCUCUGAAAUGAAAGAGUACUAUUUAUGAGAUUUAGUAAGUACACAUUAUUCCCAGAUUCCGUGUGGUUUUGAGCUGUUAGUUUUAACAGGACGUGCAACCUCAUCUCCCUCCUGUCACAUAAAUGAUUUUAGCAUGAUAUCGAUGAGUUAUGACAAAUAAGUGUUGCGUUCCUUUGUUUAGCGACCCCUACAUUUAAAUGCAUUCCAACAUCACGUACAACCUGAUUUCCCCCCUAAUCGAUAUCAGUGAUUUAUUGCUACUUGUCAAAACAACACUGUUUCUGGUGCUUGUGCAGUUUAUAAGGAGCUUGUUUAAAAAAAUACAAGAAAUAUGAUUAUUGUGGCAGAUGUUUGUGUAAAUAGCACAUGUUAUGUUUAGGUUUUCAAUGUACCCAAACUGUUUCUGCACAUUGGUUAUUGAUUUGGACACGUUAAAACUGUGUUUUGACAUUGAGGCUAUCCCACCUAGCACAAUGUAAUUGAAAAGUUGUUGAAAAUAAGACUAUGCAAUCAAACAUUUUUUUAUAUAUUUUAUUAUUAUACCAUGCCUUACCAUUAAGUUAAUUAUUGACAAUACAUAUUAACAAAGGGGUGUCUAUUUGGUUUUGAUCAUUCAUAUUUACAAUUCAUGUAACUUUUAGUAAUCAUAAUUAUUUAUGCAAUCAACUGACAAUUUACGGGUAUAAUUAUAUUGACAUUGUUGCCCUUCUUUUAGAAUAGCAGGUUUAAUUCUCACAUGUGCCAACCCAAAUGUACUAGAGCAUGACAUUGGGGACUGGGUCCCGAUCCAACAACAUGCCUACCUAGUGAACUCUGAAAAGAGAGAGAAGUUCCACAGUGAGGUGGAAAGUUACUACGGAUAUUGCAGGAGUUUCCUCUUGAAAUCAGACAUGUCUGUGUUAAGGACAACUUGGUUGCUGGUUGUUUCAAGGUGGGCAGUCAUAGUUUUGCAUUUAGCCAUUGCGUUGCCAUGGAUCACAAUUUAUUUUGACUGCACGGUUUUCCGUAUUGGAGAUGAGUUUUGUUUGGGCUCAUUCCAAGGGGACGAGAGUUCUAGAAGUUUGUUGAGUUUUAGUAUUCUAUAGAAUGAAAAAGGAGAAAAAAAUAAUACGAUUGUAUAUUAUUAUUUAGAAAUACGUGUUUUUUCUUGUUUUUAAUUGUUGACAGCCAGUAGACACUAUGUUUAUAUUGUAGAAGGUGAAGCAUUGUAGUUGAUUAUAAUGUGAAAUGGAAGUUGUUUUCUGUUGGUGGUGAGCAAACUUGUCCAACAAAAAUUAUAGGUUUUAUUUGUUGUCUUAAGGGGAAAGGUGUUCCAGGCUUUCGUUUUUUCCAUUUAUGUUUUAAGGUUGGACUUUAGCAAGUAUAGCUUGUUAGCACGUAGGGCACACUGAUUGGUGUCACCUCGUUAGUCAGUAUGUGUAACACCAGUUCUUUUGUUUGCCUCUUCUUGGGCAGAUUUAGUGGGUCUCAUGGUGGGUGACUUUUAUGUCCCAGUUGUUGUUACUAGUCAACUUUCAGUGGACACUGAGAGCAAAACUGCAACAUUAUGUUAUAAUACUUUUAUUGCAUCAAAUGGUUGUUUUAUGCAACAGAAUAGAGGGUUCUUAGAACUAUUGUCUGUGUUCUACUGAGGAUGGGCCUCUGGGAGAAAACACUGACAGGACAUUUACAAUGUCUUUUGGGUGAUAAAAACCUAAAGAGACCACAUUCCAGGGCAUGAGUUACUGUUUCUGUUCUAUAUGGUACCAGGGAGCGAUGAACCCCUCCUAAAAAAAAAAUACCUUGAAUUUGCAUUGCAUCCAAUUAAUAUUUUAAUCAAUGGCAUUUCCUUAGGCUGCUCAUUAGUCUUUCAGUUGUUAGUCUUCUGUUUGUUGUGUACUAAAUAUUUCAUUUUUUUAUUUGUUUUUUCUUGUGAAGCCAUUGUGUUGCAUCCAUGCCUGAAAUGUGCUGUAUAAAUAAAGCUUGAUUUGAUUUCAACAAAUGAACCCAA